CGCUUUUCAUUUCGUAUACCACAAAUAAGUGGUAAUACCGUUCAAAAUAAAUUUUGUGUGAAACAAUAAAAAUAAGGCAUAUUUUUGCAUUUCUGCACAAAAAUGGGCGAUCGUUACAAUAUCCACAGCCAGUUGGAGCAUUUACAAAGCAAGUAUAUAGGAACUGGUCAUGCCGACACAACUAAAUACGAAUGGCUGACAAAUCAACAUCGCGAUUCUCUGGCCAGCUACAUGGGACAUUAUGAUAUGCUGAAUUAUUUUGCAAUUGCCCUUAACGAAACCAAGGGAAGAGUGAGAUUUGACUUAAUGGAACGCAUGUUACAGCCUUGUGGACCACCGCCAGAAAAAAUGGAUGAAUAGUUAGCGCAUUGAAUAUAAAUACAAAUAAAAUGUAGCCAAAAUUGA